UGCCACCCGCCAACAAACAAGAAGAAGGAGCAAAAGAAGAAGAAGAAGAAGAAGCAGCAGCAGCAGCAGGCGCUCAACAAGAACAAGUUCCUGGUCGCUUUCAGUGUGUCGAGGAGCAAGGAGCUAGGAACGUUGCAAAUAGAGAAAUGAGAUGAGCUCUUGAUAUCGAGACCGGUUGCUGUUAUCUUAUCAGCAGACGUUUAGAGUCAGUGCCGCUGCCUUCUUAUUAGAAUAUUUGUUGUCCCCCCACUGGCCGCCAUGCGCGCUCCCAUGCGCGCCGUACUCCUCGCGUGUGUGUGCGUGAGCACGGCGGCUUGUCAUCAGUUUACCGAGGAAGAGAUGCACGAUGUCAGACAGCGAAUCAAAGGCAUGUUCUACCAUGCCUACAACAGUUACCUGGACAGCGCCUUCCCCUAUGAUGAGCUCCGCCCCCUCACCUGUGAUGGUCAGGACACUUGGGGCAGUUUCUCGCUGACGCUCAUCGACGCGCUUGAUACUUUGCUGGUGCUGGGAAACCAAACUGAGUUUCAGCGUGUUGCAUCUCUUCUCCAAGACACAGUCGACUUCAACAUCGACAUCAAUGCCUCAGUCUUUGAGACCAACAUCAGAGUGGUGGGUGGUCUGCUGUCUGCUCACCUGCUCUCAGGUCGGGCCGGUGUGCAGCUGGAGCCCGGCUGGCCAUGUUCAGGACCACUCUUGAGGAUGGCUGAGGACGCCGCCAGGAAACUGCUGCCUGCAUUCGAGACCCCCACCGGAAUGCCGUAUGGCACGGUCAACCUGCUGCGGGGCGUCAGUCCCACCGAGACAUCAGUCACCUGCACCGCCGGUGUGGGAACCUUCAUUCUGGAAUUCUCAACACUGAGCCGACUUACCGGUGACACCACGUUUGAGGACACUGCACGCCGGGCGUUGAGGGCUCUGUGGAAGACCAGGUCGGACAUUGGACUGGUGGGCAAUCACAUCGAUGUGGUCUCCAAAAAGUGGGUGGCGCAGGACGCAGGCAUUGGUGCGGGCGUGGACUCUUACUUUGAGUAUCUGGUGAAGGGUGCCAUCUUGCUGCAGGACGAGGAGCUGCUGCACAUGUUUGACGCCUACGACCGGGCCCUUGAAAACUACACGCGCUUUGAUGACUGGUACUUGUGGGUGCAGAUGCACAAAGGUACUGUGUCCAUGCCCGUCUUCCAGUCCCUGGAGGCCUUCUGGCCCGGCCUGCAGACUCUGCUAGGUAACCUGGACGGUGCCGUCAGAACCUUCCAGAACUAUUACUCGGUGUGGAGGCAGUUUGGAGGGCUUCCUGAGUUCUACAGCAUCUCUCAGGGCUACCCCGUGGAUAAGAGGGAGGGAUACCCGCUCAGACCUGAGUUGAUUGAGAGCGCCAUGUACCUGUUCAGGGCGACGGACGAUCACACAUACCUGCAGCUUGGCCUGGAUGCUGUCGAGUCCGUCGAGCGGAUCGCCAAAACGCCAUGCGGCUAUGCCAGUGUGAAAGACCUGCGAGACCACCAGCUUGACAACAGAAUGGAGUCUUUCUUCCUUGCUGAGACCAUCAAGUAUCUCUACUUACUCUUUGACCCAACCCACUUCCUACACAGCGGCGGGGCAGAGAUGUGGGUUGAAGGUGGGGAGGAUGGCCACUGCAUCCUGAGCUCAGGGGGCUACAUUUUUAACACAGAAGCCCACCCGCUGGAUCCAGCAGCACUCUACUGUUGCAGCUACCACGGCCGCGAGCAACAGGAGCUCAGCGAUAUCCUGCUCGGCCUGUCACAGUCCGCCAAAGAACAUGGUGGCCUAUCGGAAGAUUCUCCUUCACACGGCCAAUCAGAGAGCAUCGCUCUGAAAGUAGGCAAGGGGAAGACGGCACCCCCGCUGUCCUGUCCCGUUCAGCAUUUCAGCACUCGACUCUCUGUCCUCGGUCAAGUUUUCACUGAUAACACCUAACCUCGCGUGUUAUGUGACUUAUUCGCUGGAUCUUUGUUUAGUCAAUGAAGAGUACAAUAGAUUUUUAUUUAUCAUGA